AUGUCACACUCUCUUCUGCACUGCUCGUCCAUGGCUGACAGAGACCGCCCCCAACCACACCAGGUACAUGUCCGCCCACAACACCAGUUUGGUGGCAAGACUCUCUCUCAAAAGGGUCCGUCAUCAUCCAAGGUCCUAGCAGUGAUCACUCUCCUCCCUGUUGGCGGAACCCUACUUGGCCUAGCCGGCCUCACCUUCAUCGGCACGUUGAUCGGCCUCGCCGUCACCACCCCACUGUUUGUCAUCUGCAGCCCUGUUCUCGUUCCUGUCGCCAUCACCAUCGGCCUCGUCGUCCUUGCCUUCCUCGCCUCGGGGGCUCUCGGGGUGAUCGGACUGUCAUCGCUCUCUUGGGCUUUCAAGUAUUUCAGGCAGGCCGGCGGUACAGAGCAGUUGGAACAAGCAAAGAAGCGCAUGCAGGAUAUGGCAGCUCAAAUGGGACAGCAAACUAAGGAUGUAACCCAUAAGGUCCAUGACAAGGCCCAGGAAGCUGGAAAAUAA